AGCGUGAGCGGAUACGUCGAUAAGGGUGUGGGUGGGGUAAAUUGUUUAUCAUAGCAACGGGUUUCCGUUACACGGGGGAUUCAUUGACAAAGUUCGGGACAAUGGACUUUCAUUGAGUGCCAGCCGACUCCAGACACCAUUUGCAGGAUAGUGGUGUCUGCAAGGGAGCUGGGGGCUGGUGGAGUGUUGGCGUCAUGGUGAAGAAUGUUCCGGAAGGUCAAAAAGCGUCACAGCAGCAGCAGCUCCCAAAGCAGUGAGAUCAGUACCAAGAGCAAGUCAGUAGACUCCAGUUUGGGAGGUCUCUCCAGGUCCAGUACUGUAGCUAGCCUCGACACAGACUCGACCAAGAGCUCAGGUAACAGUGCUGCGUCAGAGACGUGUGCUGAGUUCAGGGUGAAGUAUGUCGGAGCCAUAGAGAAGCUGCCGUUUGAGAUGAGUAAGACCCUGCAGGAGCCUCUGGAACUCAUCAACUACAUAGAUGCAGCCCAGCAAGAUGGAAAGCUGCCGUUUGUGCCUGGAGAUGAGGAGAUGGUACUGGGAGUGUCCAAGUAUGGAGUCAAAGUGGCCUCCAUGGAUCAAUGUGACGUUCUGCACCGCCACCCGCUCUACCUGAUUGUGAGGAUGCUCUGUUAUGAUGACGGUCUGGGGGCUGGGAAGAACCUGCUGGCUCUCAAGACCACCGAUGCCAAGCAGCAGGACUGCAGCAUCUGGGUGUACCAGUGCAGCAGCGCGGAACAAGCCCAGGCCAUCUGCAAGGUGCUGUCUGCCUCUUUCGACUGCGUGCUGACAUCAGAGAAGUCCUGAAAGGUAGUCGCCCUGAGGGACAGGACUAUCCUCACGUGGGCGCAGCACCAUGACCAAUCGGGAGCCUGGAAACCAUAGUUUACAGCAGGGUCACAACUUACCCAGCAUGCUUUGCAACACCUCUCACACACCACCUACAGACCACACACACCAUCCACCUGUCAGGUGACCAUCAUGAGUACGGCUAUUUUUAUUGUUUUAAGCUAACUUAAUCUUAUUUAAUGUAAAUACAUUAGAAAGUACAGGGGUCUCAUGUCUGUACUUGGGAAGGAAGUGGCUGUUUGCUAUCUAGGUCUCAAAUAAUAAUAUUGACUCCACUGACUUCCUUUAUAAAAGGGGGAAAGUGGUAACCGUGGUACGUCGCAGUCAAUAUUUCCACCAUGGAUGGAGGAAUAGACCUAGACCAUUACAAAUAUGCCGUAGACCCCCCUUAUCCUCUAUCCCUCUCUCUUACUCCUUCUCUCCCCUAAACAAACCAAAGAGAUGGUAUCAAUACGUGUGUUUGUGCCUCUCAAUACCACUCCUCCUAUACUCCCCUUGGUCCAGAUGGGAUUGGAUCAGUUAAAAUGGUACAAUAAAGGAAAGGAAUUUGAAUGAA